CGGCGCAUGCGUGGCCGCGGCUCCCAGUGCGCCCCGCGCAGAUCUUGGGAGGAGUGGACGCGGUCGUACACUGGGAGCCAGCAUCCGCCCCCUGAGGGGCCUGGCUUGGUCCCCUCUGCUGCUUUCCCUUCACAGGCGGAAUCGCUUCGGGGCCCGUCCUCGGCGCGCGGAGGUUUCUUGAGGACGGCCAGGCAGCCUAGGGCCAGGAAAGUCGGUGCUGACCCCAGACACCGCUGGCCCUCACAGACCACCACAGCGGCCUGGGCACGCUUCCCUCCCCGAACCUACAACCCGAGGCCGGGCAGGGUCGCACAUCCGGCGACUCCCACCAAGAAUCCUCGCCUCUCCCCAGCCCAACCCUUGGUAUACGGCACAACCCCUCUGUAUCCGGCACAACCCCUCGGGGCGUGGCUGUGCGCCCUCGCCCAUCCUUCCUUCAGUCCAUUCGGUUUACUCCCAGCCCUCGAGCCUCGCCCUGUCCUCCACGGCACUAAAAGAAAUGCGACCUGGACAGCCACAUCGUGGGGACACAUCUUAUUCGGAGGAGAGGCCCAGUUUGGGGACUUAAGUGUACACAUUUACCGUGUCAACGGCCGAGGGUAUUUGAUUAAUUUAAUCAGCUUGGAAUACCAGUUCGGGCUGAUACUGUUGUUUUCUCUCCCCACGUGUCCAAUGAAGCAGGUUGCCCUGGGAGGUGUGCUUUAUUUGAGUCUACUUUGAGCUGAACGUGAGGUUGACCCCCGUGUGAGAGCAUGGACCUUCAGACGGAUGUUCCCCUGGAGGUUGGGGGGCGCCUGAUAAUGAAGGUGGAGCAGGACCCCAGGUGGACAUCAGAGCUGGGUCUGAAAGAACCGGGGAGCUCAGAAUCUGAGAACUUCCGCAAAUGCUUCCGGCAUUUUUGUUAUGAGGAUGUGAGUGGACCCCACGAAGCUUUCAGUAAACUCUGGGAACUUUGCUGCCGGUGGCUGAAGCCAGAAAUGCGUUCCAAGGAGCAGAUCCUUGAGCUGCUGGUCGUUGAGCAGUUUCUCACCAUUUUACCAGAGAAGAUUCAGGCGUGGGCACAGAAGCAGUGUCCGGAGAGUGGCAAGGAGGCAGUGGCCCUGGUGAUACAUUUGGAGAAAGAGGCUGGAAGACUAAGACAACAGGUUUGCAGUCCUGAGCACUCAGGGAAGCAAGCCCCACUUGAAACAGUGUGGGAUGUGGCAGACUUUCAACCAGAGACCCAACCCAGAGUGAUGUCUAGGGAAGAAGCUGGAAGCCUGCACUCAGGACACCAGGAGCAGCUGAACCCAAAGAGAGAACAUCAGCCCUUACCCAAGAAUGCUCAGUCUUCUCCCUGGAUUCCCAUCCCUGCUGAAGAAUGGAACACCACGGAUCAGGAAGUAACAACCACAAAACUUCCUGUUGGGUUUCAGGGACCAGUGAAAGAUGUCCUUACGUCAAAAGGUAUUUCCUACAAAAAGAGUGUACAUCAGAUUCCUGUUCACAGAGAUGUCUACCGGGAUACUAGAGAAGAGAGUGUUGGGAACAUGGUCUCCCUGGGAAGUGCAGUAUCUAAUUCUAACAAGAUAGCCCAGGUGGAGCAAAGAAAGGAGCCAUGGACCAUAGGUCUGCAUUCCUCUAAUAAAAGGAAUAUUCUACAAAGCAGCUACAUCAAGGAAAAGUCAGUGCAUACUAUUCAGAUUCCUGCAAGAAGUACAGGGAAGAUGUGGAGAGAACAACAACAGUGGGGCUUAGAAGAUGAAAAGAUAGCAGGUGUGCAUUGGAGCUAUGAAGAAACAAAGACUUUUCUUGCAAUUCUCAAAGAGUCUCGAUUUUAUGAAACACUUCAGGCUUGUCCCCGAAACAGCCAGGUAUAUGGUGCUGUAGCUGAAUGGCUGCGGGAGUGUGGCUUCCUCCGAACCCCAGAACAAUGUCGGACCAAGUUCAAAAGUCUCCAAAAGAGCUACCGAAAAGUGAGAAAUGGCCACGUGCUUGAGCCCUGUGCCUUCUUUGAGGACAUGGAUGCGUUGUUGAACCCUGCAGCCCAUGCGUCAUCCACUGACAAGCCAAAGGAGACUGUGUCUCUCCCUAGACUAAAACAGAUUGGUAUCAGCGCUAAAGAACAGAUCAGUCUGAUGGAGGAGGAAGCUGCAGAAGAAUCUGAUUGUGAGGAAAUGGGCAUUGAGUUUAUCCAGAAGCCCGAGAUUCAUGGUACCCCUGUCUUGUUUCAGAACCUGAGCGGUGUACACUGGGGCUACGAAGAAACCAAGACUUUUCUUGAUAUUCUCCAUGAGACUCGGUUUUAUGAAGCACUUCAGGCUUGUCAUAGGAAAAGCAAAUUGUAUGGGGCUGUGGCUGAACAACUACGGGAAUGUGGGUUCCUCCGGACACCAGAACAGUGCAGGACCAAGUUCAAAAGCCUUCAGAAAAGCUACCGCAAAGUGAAAAAUGGCCAUGUGUUAGAGUCCUGUGCUUUCUACAAGGAAAUGGAUGCCCUAGUAAACUCUCGGGCAUCUGUCCCCUCUACCAACACCCAAGAAGAAGUCCCACCACCCUCAAGGCAAGAAAGAGAGGAUAUUGAGGUUGAAUCCCAGGAACCUACAGGUUGGGAACCUGAGGAGACCUCACAAGAGGCAAUAGUGGAGGAUUCUGGCAGCGAGAGAAUGAGUGAGGAGGAUAUUGUACAAGAGUCAGAAUUCCAAGGACCUCCAGGUCUACUGCAAAGCCCAAGUGAUUUUGAAUUUGGAGGUAGUAUCAAGGAGGAUGCAACGCAGGUAAUAUUUAAGGAUAUGGAGCAGCACAGGGCAUUAAUAGAAAAGUCUAAAAGGGUCGUUUCCCAGAAUACUGAUCCAGGUAAAUAUUGUAAAAAGGAAUGCAUCUCAGGAAGACACUGGGAAAACCAUCAAGGAAUCAGACAGGGAAAGUUGAUGUCUCAGCCUAGAGAUUUGGGGAAAGCUGUAGUGCAUCAGAGGCCUUUCAUGGGAAAGAGAUCCUACAGACUUCUCAAGUAUGGAGAAAGCUGUGGAAGAAGCACUCGUCUUCUCUGCCGGAUAACCCACCAGAAGGAAAAUUCUUAUAAGUGUAGUGUCUGUGGGAAGUGCUUUGGUAGAAGCAGGAGCCUAAUCAGACACCAAAGAAUCCACACAGGAGAAAAACCUUUUAAAUGUCAUGACUGUGGGAAAAGCUUUAAUGACUCCUCAAACUUUGGUGCCCACCAGAGAGUCCACACUGGGGAGAAGCCCUACAGCUGUGGAGAGUGUGGAAAGUGCUUUAGUCAGAGCUCAAGUCUCAUCAUACAUCAGAGAACCCACACAGGUGAGAAACCCUAUCAGUGUGGAGAGUGUGGGAAAAGCUUCACCAACAGUUCUCAUUUCAGUGCCCACCGCAGGGUCCACACCAGUGAGAAUCCCUACAAAUGCAUGGAUUGUGAAAAAAGUUUCAAUAACUGUACACAAUUUCGAGAACAUCGGAGAGUGCACACUGGAGAGAAGCCCUAUGGGUGUGCCCCCUGCAGCAAACAUUUCAGUAAGAGUUCUGUUCUGACCAAACAUCAGGAGGUCCACGUGAAAGAAAAGGUGCCGCAUCCUCCAUCUGUGUACUACCCAGAGAACCCACAUAAGGGAAGGACUGAUGACUUCAGGAAGACUUUUUGAUGAUGAUCUCUUCCCUUCCUCAAUGCCCUUUAGCCAUCCUACCCCGAUCUCACUCUUGGGAUCUUUUGUUGGCUAUAAAGUGUAACUCCCAAGAGUUACACUUGAGAAUAUAAAUAAAGACUUGGAUCCUGUUCUCACCUCUGCCUCUAAUGUGACCAGCCCAUUUUUCUCCUUUUAUGUGUCUCAGCGUCUCCCAUAAAAAAGUGGAGAACAUACAUUGUCUGAGUUCAGAAUGGAGCUCUCGUCAAUAUAUCAAGUCUACUGCUAUGGGAUCACUACAACCAGCAACAUUUAAGAUCCUUCUGUGUAGGUGAGAGUUGUUUUCAAGGAGAUGAAAAAUGCUGAAAGGUUUGUUGUUGUUUUGUUAUCUGCCACAUGAAAUCCUGGAUGCAGCUUGACCACAGAGUUUCAUGUUCGGGUAGAGCUUUCAGAAGUCUGGUCAGUACUACAUCAAGUCCAUUUUCAUUCUGAAGAUAUCAAAAGGAGACUGAAAAUUUUGUAGCUUCCAUAGGAAGUCUGUUGCAGUGUACCUUUUUUGUGUCAAGAACUUGACCUAGAAAGCUAGGGUAGAAUCCCUGUGUUGUCCCUGAAGUCAUGUUAGCGAUGCUUUGACCUCCACUGAGAUGAAAAGCAAUUGAUUACCCAUAAUCCUCUGUAUACCUACUGUUUCUUUCCCUGAAGACUGAAUCCCCUUAGCUGCUGCUUUCCUGCCUGUAAGAAUCUAGUUCCUGUUAUCAUUUACCAUAUGUCCUACACUUACCUCUUUAUGUUUUAGGUGCUCUUAUCUGUCUCUUCUGAGCUCUCACAUCCUCCUCAGAUUGACUAGGCUGCAUGCUCAUGGUGUGUUUUAUUAAGAUAAAGUAGUAUUUCAGGCACAUUCUAGUUGUCUCCUGUAACUUCUCCAGUUCUUACCUAGAACAUGAUGUAUGUUGGCAUAUUUAUGCCUUCCAACCUCACACUUUAAGAUUAUAUAAUCAUAGCUUUCUAAAACUUAAAAGGGGUAGAAAGAAGUAGAGACCUGAAAUAUUUCUAAGACCAGUCAGAUUUCUUAGGCCUGCUAAGGUUGGAUAGCCACCUUAAUCCAGACAAAACCUCUAACGUUGUUUAUCAAAUAUUCUCUUUUUUGAGUUCUAUAUCCUAUUCGUAGGAUCAUGACCCACACUGUAGAGCCUUGAGUAAUUUGUAGAAUUCUAUAGCUCAUUGAGUGAAAGCAGAAAUAUUUACCGAAACUUCCAAUCCAGAACAUGUGUUUUCUUCAUUUACCUGUUCAUCUGAAAAAUCUUUUUGAUAAUAACCCCCUAGCUCUAGCCCAAUAAAUAGUGAAGGAAGGGUUCAGAUGGAUGGAUAAUUCUUUCAUCUCUGGAAGUUACAGAUGAAACCCAAGAAUUUGGUCGUCCAAGACUAGUUCCUUUAGGCAGUGAAAAGUCAUAGUUUGGUGGAAAAAACCAGAGUUGGGUAGAUUUUUCUUUUGAUCUUAUCUCCUUUCUUUUAUCAUAUCCUCUCAUUUUAACAUAUGUGGAGAUAAUAUUUUUUCUUUAACUCUGUUUUAAUCUGUUGAAACUUGUUCAGCAGAAUACCAAGAAAGGUAGGCAGUUACAAUGCCAACAUAGGGUAUGGCCUUCUGGAAGGCAGGUGACUCAGGUAAAUGUUGAUAAAUGUUCUGAUUUACACUUGUUGAAAAUGUUAUGCUUGUUCACAUCUGAAUAGAUUGAUUUCCUCUGUGUUCUCUGAAUCAUAGACUUUCAAUGGUGAAUGCAGCUUUGUGUUAGUAAUAUGCCUAGCACAGUAAGACACAUUAGUGCCAGUGGGAGUAUGCUUAUAUUGUGUGGAUGUUCUGGAAUUCCAGCUCUAGAGAAGGUGAACAUUAAUAGAAGUAACCACUUAGUAAUACACACACAGGAUUGAUAAUUAUAUCAACUUAUACAUGAUUCAGGAAAGGUGUCUAUUCAUAAAUAUUUAUUAAGCACCAUUAUAUGUUAAGGCCGUGUUCUAGGCACAAUAAGAGAUACAAAAGUGAAAAUGGAGGCAUGGUACCUGUACUCAAGGAACUUGAAAUAUGAUAGAGGAAUUAUUAUAGCAAAAGUCAAUGCCAAUUAAUGCAUGUAACUUACAAAAGUCAGUGACUCAAUCAUGAGAAAAGCACCUUUACUUGCAAAAGACUUUUUCUAACUUGCCUAAAAUCAUAUUCUUUACUUCUGUCUUUCAGACUUCCCUAGUAGCAGGGAAGGUUCAGACCCAAUCCAUCUCCAGUGGGACAAGCUGAUUCUGGUUUAGUCUCCUAUGUCUGGGAUCAAGCUAAGUUGGAACUUGGAUUCCCCUACUGAUAUUUGUAAUUGUAACUGGGCAGCUGAGACAUGUGUUAAGUUAACUCAUUGAAGUUUGUCUCUUCUUUCUGAGGAGACAGAAGGUUCUGCCCACAUUAGACAAGACUCCUUGCAUUUUAUCCUUUUUCAGCUGGAACAUGAAAGUCCAAAUGAAUGAUGUGUCUUUUAUAUCACAUAGCACUGCUUUAUGACAAUCCGUAGGAACAGGCUUUUUUUUUUUUUUUAAGAUCUCAGUACCAGGGGAAGCUACUCUGAUCCUAAGCAAAAAGAAAGAAAAGAAAAGAAAUUAAAACACUGUGAUUUUUAUAACUUACUGUUUUUCUCUUUGGUUCUGGCUACUGCAAAGUUCAACAAAAUUUACAACCUACCUUACCAACUACCUAAAAUCUAUAUUUAUUUAAUCCUGUCUUAUUUGUUUCAAAAUUGUCCCAAAUCCUAUUUUUAAUGUUACUAAUAAACGUAUUUUAUUUUGUGACACCUUACCCAAGGCACUUUGGAAACUGGCUUGUAUUCCCUGCCAAGGCUUGCUUGUUACUCUCACAAAUGCCUCCAGUUCUUACUAGUCACUUUAUUACACAUACAACCUAAUUUAUUCAUAUGGAAGGAAACCUUACUUUAAAGAGGAAAACUUCACACAUAUGCCAACACAGCUCAGGGCCGCCUGCUGUGGUAAAGUAAGCAUUGGA